CAAUAGAGUUAUGUUUGGAAAUAUUUUUGCUUCACAGAUAUAUACACAGAUUGCAGUGGAACUCUGAGGAUGUAAAGGUUUGAUGUGUGUGACUGUCUGAAGGGUCUUUGCUUUAAUAUCUGCACAAUAUUUUCUCUGGAAAAAGAAACCUGUAUUUUAAUUAUGCUCAGCAGCAAAAGGCAGAGAUCCCUUCUCUUCGGUGUGAGUCUCUGGUUGCAUAUCUCCAUACCAGUCUUGAAAGGCUGUGCGUCAGAAGAGAGACUCUUCCACAAACUGUUUUCUCAUUAUAAUCGGUUCAUCAGACCCGUGGAAAAUGUUUCUGACCCUGUCAUGGUGUAUUUUGAAGUGGCCAUCACUCAGCUGGCCAAUGUGGAUGAAGUAAACCAAAUCAUGGAAACCAAUCUGUGGCUGCGUCACAUCUGGAAAGAUUAUAAAUUGCGCUGGGACCCAAUGGACUAUGAUGGCAUUGAGACUAUUCGUGUUCCUGCAGAUAAGAUUUGGAAGCCUGACAUUGUCCUCUAUAACAAUGCUGUUGGUGACUUCCAAGUUGAAGGCAGGACAAAAGCCCUUCUGAAAUAUGAUGGCAUGAUAACCUGGACUCCACCAGCUAUUUUUAAGAGUUCUUGUCCUAUGGAUAUCACCUUUUUCCCCUUUGACUAUCAAAAUUGUUCCCUAAAAUUUGGUUCCUGGUCCUAUGAUAAAGCUGAAAUUGAUCUUCUAAUCAUUGGCUCUAAAGUGGAUAUGAAUGAUUUCUGGGAAAAUAGUGAAUGGGAAAUUGUUGAUGCUUCUGGCUAUAAACAUGACAUAAAAUACAACUGUUGUGAAGAGAUAUACACAGAUAUUACCUAUUCUUUUUACAUUAGAAGAUUGCCAAUGUUCUAUACCAUUAAUUUAAUUAUUCCCUGUCUCUUUAUUUCAUUUCUAUCUGUGUUGGUCUUUUAUCUUCCUUCUGAUUGUGGUGAAAAAGUCACACUUUGCAUUUCAGUUCUGCUUUCUCUGACUGUAUUUUUGCUAGUGAUUACAGAAACAAUCCCUUCCACAUCCCUUGCAAUCCCACUGGUUGGGGAAUACCUAUUGUUCACCAUGAUCUUUGUUACUCUCUCCAUCGUAGUGACUGUGUUUGUGUUGAACAUACACUAUCGAAGUCCCACAACACAUACUAUGCCCAAUUGGGUGAAGAUGACUUUCCUCAAGAAAUUACCCCAAAUACUCAUGAUGAAGAGGUCUCUAGACAAGCAGAGGGACACAGAUUCUGAUAACUCCCCGAGAGACAUUUCCCAUAAGGCAGCCAAAGUGAAGUUUGAAAAUGGCAGAGACACCAGACUUAUUAAAGAAUGCUGCCACUGUCAUAAAUCAAGUAAACUUGCCACCAGUAAGAGAAGAUUAAGUGAUCAGCCUUUACAAUGGAUGACUGAAAAUUCAGAGUACUCAGCAGAAGUUGAAGAUGUGAUUAAUAGUGUUCAAUUCAUAGCAGGAAAUAUGAAAAGCCAAAAUGAGACAAAGGAGGUAGAAGACGACUGGAAAUAUGUGGCCAUGGUGGUGGACAGAGUCUUUCUCUGGAUAUUUAUAACUGUCUGUGUACUUGGGACUGCAGGGUUAUUUCUACAGCCACUACUGGGGAACACAGCAAAAUCUUAAGAUUGUAUUUUCCUUUAUGUUCAGAAACUUAAAGACAGAAUAAUGGUUCUCUGUUCCCUAUCAUAAGGAAAGAA